AUGGGCAACGUGCCUGUUCACAAGGACCUGAGGAAGGACCGUACGCAGGUUCACAAGGACCUGAGGAAGGACCGUACGCAGGUUCACAAGGACCUGAGGAGGGACCGUACGCAGGUUCACAAGGACCUGAGGAAGGACCGUACGCAGGUUCACAAGGACCUGAGGAAGGACCGUACGCAGGUUCACAAGGACCUGAGGAAGGACCGUACGCAGGUUCACAAGGACCUGAGGAAGGACCGUACGCAGGUUCACAAGGACCUGAGGAAGGACCGUACGCAGGUUCACAAGGACCUGAGGAAGGACCGUACGCAGGUUCACAAGGACCUGAGGAAGGACCGUACGCACGUUCACAAGGACCUGAGGAAGGACCGUACGCAGGUUCACAAGGACCUGAGGAAGGACCGUACGCACGUUCACAAGGACCUGAGGAAGGACCGUACGCACGUUCACAAGGACCUGAGGAAGGACCGUACGCAGGUUCACAAGGACCUGAGGAAGGACCGUACGCAGGUUCACAAGGACCUGAGGAAGGACCGUACGCAGCGGCCGUCCAGCUCCCUCAGCUCUCACGUUGGCCGCGCUGCCGCCGUCCAGCUCCCUCAGCUCCCACGCUGCGUCGCACUGCCGCCCGGUAGCUGCAGACGCAGAGGAGCCGCGCGGCUGCCGCGGCGCGGCGCGCCCACCGCCCACCGCCGCAAACCAGACGUCAACGACGCAACGCCCCAGCGGCGCAGCAGCCAAUAA